CAUCGAUAUUGCUCAAUUGUAUGAGCGUCGUUGGUUUAGCCGCUCUUGCCAAGAUCGGUUGGUCUGAAGUCACAGGAAAUCAUCUCAAAUACUCCAAAUUCGGCGUAUCAUCAUCAUCACCACAACCACAAAAGCAGCGAUUCGGCAGCAUCUCAAGCCGAAAUGGAAUGCUUUUGCUAUACACACCUGCGUUUCUCGCCGCUGCGUCUUCUUUCUUCGUCUUACCUUCUGAUGAUCUCAGGUUUCUUCUUCUCAAAUCCGCACUUGCCCUCCAUUUCCUCAAGAGGGUCUUAGAGGUUCUGUUCAUUCAUAAAUACAGUGGUGGGAUGGCUGUAGACUCGGCUUUCGUCAUAAGUAGCAGCUAUUUCUCAUCCACGGCAUUCAUGUUAUACAGUCAAAAUCUCACCUUGGGACUGACCGAGCCGAGUUUCGAUAUGAAAUUCGCCGGGAUUCUGAUGUUUGUGGUGGGAAUUGUUGGGAAUCUGUAUCACCAUGUUUUGCUAGCUAAGCUAAGGAAAGAAGAUGGGAAGAAAGAGUACAAGAUACCAAAAGGAGACCAAACUGCGACUAAGAAAUCUGUUCGAAUUCUCUCGAAGACACUCAUCGGCGAUGACGGCAGAGUCUACGCUUGCUCCGACAACGACUUCUUUUCCUUCGAGUCUAACGGAUCAAUCGCUUGGUCGGUACACAUGAAUUUCAAAUGUAACACCGAUUUUUCCCCGGUUUACUCUGGUUUCAACCAGAUGCUUGUUCUGGCAGAGAAUCGAAUCCUGAGAGUUCUUUUCCCAAGAAAUGGAACCAAAUCUGAACCGGAAUUGUUCUUCGAUCCCGGUGAAACGAUUCUUGGUUUCGUUGUUAGCAUAUCGAGUUCUUCCGUUUACAUCACGGUUAAGAAUCACGGUCUCUACGCUUAUAAUAUGUUUCGGCAACAACUUUGGAUUGCAGAUCCUAAAAUCGAACGAUUCGGAUACCGACUGGGAUGUCGAAAAGAUUAUGAUAACUGUACAUUCAAUUCUCGACCAGUGAUUGAUUAUUGCGAAGGAAGCAUCUAUAUUUCAAACAAUGAAGGAGAACUCUACUCGUUAUCUCUCCGUGGCACUUACUACCAAUGGAUUCAAGAUUUUAGUCUAGUGGAUCGAUUCUUCACUGUUACACCGGGGAAUAACGGUCUAGUGUACGUCGUUUUUCCUUUGAAAUCACUUGUUUUCGCAGUAGAUUCGUUUUCCGGCGACAUUCUGUGGCAAAAAACCGUCGGUCCAUUGGCAGAAACUUCUGCUUCAGCCCCUGUCGUAGACUCAAAAAGUUGGGCAUCGAUUGGUUCACUAGAUGGCACAUUGUACUCGUUCUCAAGAACAGGGGAGCUUCAUAAGAUACCGAAAAACGCGGACACAGAUUCAGUGAUCCAAAUAGAGCCAUUACUCGAUUGCUCGGGCUAUGCGGUUUAUUUUUCUCAGACAAAACUCGAAGGAAAGAUCGAUCAUGUCAUUGAGGAUUACACUUAUGUAUCGGCCAAGAAACCAGAAACCGCAGUCUUUUCACUUGUAGUUCCAGAGACAAGAUCUAUCUACUGGUCUCAGAGUUACUCUGAUCAAAUUCCGGGUUUGUUAUUAGACGAAGAUCUACAACAUUUUGUGUUGGACGAGAGGAUUGUUCUUGCGUUCGUUGCAGCCUCUAGUUCUGGAAAUCCAUUUCGAUGUCGUUCUAAACACGAAAAGCUGUCAUCUAGUUGUUCAUUUUCAGAACCAAAGCAUCUUGAUAUCUACAUUGGUAACGAAAGAGCGAUAAUUUGGUUUUUACUGUUCGAGUUUGUGAUUAUGGUCCUCUUUGCGGCUCUUGUGAGGUUCUGUUUUAUAUUCUGGAAGAAAAAAAAGCUUCAAGAUCGUCCCUUCAGUGCUUUCUUGGACAAGCGACGUUUGCUGCACAGGAAGAGUAGAGAUAUUGAUAAAACGAUAAUUAGACUUCAAAGGGAAUCAACAGCCAAUGAAUCCACGGUUGAUAAAAUCGGUGAUUUAAUUCAAGAGAGGGAAAACGUGAAAAGGAAACUCUCGUCGACCUAUAGUCUUGGAAGAGACAUAGAUGAGUCAAAGUCUAAGUUAAAAGAUUAUGUUCUUCCCUUGUAUGGCGGAGGUUCUAGAAGCUUCUUUUUCCGAAAUAGGGAGAAUGAGAGUAUUACUAUUUUUCAAACACCACGCGAUGAGUCAUCCUCAGAAGAGAGCUAUAGGGACCAACAUUAUGAUGAUGUAGCUGACGAUGAACAUGAUGAAGAUGACUUGGACCGUAAGCAAAAAGGAAAGUUGCUUGCUCAUUCAGAGGGUUCUUCCAAUGAUGGUGACGGUAUUGCAAGCAGUAGAAGAAGCAUAUAUUUGAAGAAGAGGUCAUUAUCUUUGACGACUAAUUAAGGGAUUGUUUGUACCAAAAAAAAAAAAGACUAGUU